CUGGUUGUUGAUCCAAGGAGGGUUACUGGGAAAUUUUAAGCGAUACAAGACGCCAUAUUGCUCUCAGCUGGACUCGGGAGUUUGCGUGAAGGAAAUAAUAAUACCUAGCUACACCUAGGCGUUUCUUGACAUUAUUCAUCUUAAAUGGACGAGAUGGCAAGCCCAGGGAAUGACCGAAUGAAGAGUUACAAGAACAAAGCACUGAACCCACAGGAGAUGCGCCGGAGGAGAGAGGAGGAGGGGAUCCAACUCCGCAAACAGAAGAGAGAAGAGCAGCUGUUCAAGAGGAGGAAUGUGUGUGUGCCCUCGGGCGACGAGUCCAUGUUGGAAUGCCCUGUCCAGGACCCCGACAUCAGCUCCACUGCACCAGUCUCAGGUGAAGGUGUCAUAACUCCAGACAUGAUCCAGAUGAUCUUCUCUGAGGAUCCAGACCAGCAGCUGAUCGCCACACAGAAAUUCAGGAAGUUACUCUCCAAAGAGCCCAACCCUCCCAUCGAUGAGGUCAUUCUCACCCCAGGGGUCGUCAAUAAGUUUGUGGAGUUUCUCAAGAGGAGUGAGAACUGCACUCUUCAGUUUGAGGCAGCCUGGGCCCUGACCAACAUUGCCUCUGGGACCUUCCUGCACACCAAGGUGGUUAUUGAGAUGGGAGCCGUGCCCAUCUUCAUCGAGCUGCUCAACUCGGACUACGAGGAUGUCCAGGAGCAGGCCGUGUGGGCCCUGGGGAACAUUGCCGGGGACAACGCAGAGUGCAGAGACUACGUUCUCAACUGUGGCAUCCUGCCCUCCCUACAACAGCUGCUGGCUAAAUCCAACCGUCUCACCACAACUAGGAAUGCUGUAUGGGCUCUGUCUAACCUGUGUAGAGGGAAGAACCCCCCCCCUGACUUCACCAAGGUGUCUCCCUGUCUGAGUGUGCUGUCCAGGCUGCUGUUCAGUAGUGACCCAGAUGUGUUAGCUGAUGCCUGCUGGGCCCUCUCUUACCUGUCUGACGGACCCAAUGACAAGAUACAGACCGUCAUCGACUCUGGGGUCUGCCGCAGACUGGUGGAGCUACUCAUGCACAGUGACUAUAAGGUGGUCUCUCCCGCGCUGCGUGCUGUGGGAAACAUAGUGACAGGCGAUGACAUUCAGACUCAGGUGAUUCUGAACUGCUCGGCAUUGCCAUGCCUAUUACACCUGCUCAGUAGUCCCAAGGAGUCCAUCAAGAAGGAGGCCUGCUGGACUGUGUCUAACAUUACAGCUGGAAACAGAGCACAGAUCCAGACGGUGAUAGAUGCCAACAUCUUCCCAGUGCUGAUAGAGAUUCUUCAGAAGGCAGAGUUCCGCACCAGGAAGGAAGCAGCGUGGGCUAUAACCAACGCUACCUCUGGGGGCACUCCUGAGCAGAUUAGGUACCUGGUUAGUCUGAACACCAUCAAGCCCAUGUGUGACCUGCUGACAGUGAUGGACAGUAAGAUAGUGCAGGUGUCACUGAACGGCCUGGAGAACAUCCUGAGACUGGGAGAGCAGGAGGCCAAGCAGAACGGCACUGGCAUCAAUCCUUACUGUGCCCUCAUAGAGGAAGCCUAUGGUCUGGACAAGAUAGAGUUCCUGCAGAGCCAUGAGAAUCAGGAGAUCUACCAGAAGGCUUUUGACCUGAUCGAGCACUACUUUGGUGUGGAGGAGGAGGACGCUAGCAUCGCCCCGCAGGUGGACCAGAACCAGGGCCAGUUUAUCUUCCAGCAGCAAGACGGGCCCAUGGAGGGCUUCCAGCUCUAACCAACCCUGACCUUUGACCUUCACCCCUCUGAGUAUCUACUACUAUCACCCCAGAGAGUCCAGUCUCCAUAGGGCUGUUUUAGACCUGAACUGAUGACACUACCCCAUCUCUCCUCUCUCACUGGACCCACCUGCUCCACCUCUCUCUCCAAACCUUCCUCCACGCCACCCUAUCUGGAAAGAGCGAGCACGAGAGAGAGAGAGAGACUGACUGAAAGACUGACUUAGGACAGCUCAUUCUUAGUGUUUGAGACUUCCUGCAGCUGUAUGAAUAUGAAAGAAAGAGUUGGCUGAUAUUUUGUCUUACUCCCUAAAAUGUUUUUAUUUUAUCAUUAUCAUUUUCAUUUUAUCAUUAUUUCCUGUGAUAUUAUUAUAAUACAUUAUUAUUAUUAUUACGACACUGGUGUCUCAAUCGUCCUCCAUAUCUCCUUUUGAAAUGUGAAAUGACCUCUUCAGUCUUCAAAAAUAAAACAAAAGAUAUGAACACAUGAAGCAUUUGACUGAAGAUUCUCUGGAUUUCACCAGAUAGUCCAAACUAGUGUCCUGAAGAGGUUUAGUGACUGUAUCAGCUCAUUUCCUCACUUGUACCCUUUGACCAGAGCUGAGAGAACAGUAGGCUACUGACAGCCUACUGUUUUCAUUGGGAGGAUGUACAUUGUGUCAAGAUGAUAAUGUGUGUAUCCCAGUGACAUAUUAUUUAAGUUGGAAAGCAACUGCACAUCUUUCUCUGGGGUCUCUCUUCAAUGUUGAAAUGGACUAUGGUUGACCUGGAGAUUCCUAAUCUUAUUUAUUCCGUUGAAAUGUCUUUCUGCUCAUUUGAGAGAAAGAUGGUCAAAAACUGUCAUUAUCUUCUCUCCACUCCUUGGCCCUGGCUGCAAUAUUAACGUUAGAAUAACAUCAGGACACCAGUUGCAUCGAACUGAGCGCAGUAAUGUAGAUGCAUUGUGUAGGGCAGCACUGCAUGUAACUUGCUGCAAUAGUCAAAGCGUUUAGCCAGGCUUAUGCUUAUCUAUAACAAUGUUACGGUAGGAUUGACACAACGUUAGGGUAACGUUGAGGAGUGUUCUGCUUGUGUGAGUGCUCCUUAUUGAAGCGCCGCCUGCCAGCCACAGUACAGGACCAGACUGGUUAGGUUCAGUGACUAGCGUCUGUCGUGUGAUGCAGUGUCUGUAACAAUCUCCAGGUGAAUAAAAACACAGGCUCUCAGAGUUCUUUUGUAGUUGUUUUUUCUUUCAUCUCACCAUGAGUUAUGAUGUCAUGACUUAUUUGUUUUGCUGCAGUGUUUUUGUUUAAUUGGUGGUUAACUUUGCAUUGGACUUAACACUAUUGGACGUUGAUAGAAAAUGCUCAGUUGAACUCUAGUGCUUUGUAUAUUAUAUAUACAUGUAAGAAAUUAUAUAGGGGAAAGAAAUUCCUACUAAUUGGAAGGGGGGAUUUAUUGCAGUAUAAUGUGUUUUCUGACUGAGAUGCAGUAGUGUUGUACUUAUGGUUGAGUCUUUGCACACUUACCUGUUGCUGCUUUAUUCUGAUCUUCUGUUGGUCAUGUGUUUGUCUCCUCUGGUUCCCCUCACCUUUUAGAAUAGCUUCUAGAAAAUGUUUUGUUUAGAAUGGCUUCCAGAACAUGUUUUGUUUAGAAUGGCUUCCAGAACAUGUUUUGUUUAGAAUGGCUUCCAGAACAUGGUUUGUUUAGAAUGGCUUCCAGAACAUGGUUUGUUUAGAAUGGCUUCCAGAACACGGAUUGUUUAGAAUGGCUUCCAGAACAUGGAUUGUUUAGAAUGGCUUCCAGAACAUGGAUUGUUUAGAACUUCUUAAAUUUGUUUAUUUUUUUUAAUAACAUUUUUAUAUGAACUCUUGAUUGGUGGAGGCAACCCGACCUGGCUAUACUGAACCGCUGAGCCUUUAUGUGUGUGUGUGACUACAAGCACAGUAUUUCAGCAUUCUACUUUUCUUUUAGUUUUAAACUCAUCACUCCUGAAACCUGGCUAUUUACUUUUGGCAUGUUGUGUUUUUGAAAAUUGUACAUGCUGUAUACAUUUUGAGUACCAUAUUAAUUGAUCCUAGGACUUGGAAAUUAUAUUUACGUGAGAUGGAAACAGUUUGUAGUGCUACAUUUUGUCAUGCACAUUAAAAAUUGUAUAGUUUUCUAGUAUUUCUCAUGUUUGUACAAUUGGAUGAUAUUAUUUUUGUUUUAGGUUGAUUUAGUUCUCCCUCAUUUGGGAAUUGUUUUGGUUUUGAAACCGAGGCUAUAAGGACUGCUGUGGUAUUCUGUCCAGAAUCUUCUAGUUUAUGUGGUUACCAUAUCAUGCUGCCGUUGUGGUUCUGUUUACUUUAACCCAAUGGACCACAGAGGGCUGUGUGUGAAGCUGGACUCAACAGCUCCUCUCUGUGUUACUCAUGGAGCUGUUGUCUGGCUCUCUUUUGAAGGGUUAAUGUUGACUGUAAAAUAAUGAAGAAUAAAUAAAUAAAAUAAAA